AUGAUUCGUUUAUUUUCGUUACGACAUUAUCGAGCAAAAUCCUAUGGUGAAGAUUUACGAGCCAAUUUACGUAAUGUUAUUGUCCCAUUUACUGCUGUUCCAUUAUCAAUUUUUUGUUUAAAUAAAUUCUUUUGUUUAUGUUUUCUGAUAUUUAUUUAUCCAUUAUGGGCAUUUAUUGGCUCAAUUUACUUGUCAAUAUAUGAUCCGAGAAAAAAUACCGUCGAUGAACAUUUUCAUGAGCAAUUAUUAAAACCGAAUUAUUGGUUUGCCACAUGGCGUAUUAAUUGUACUAUCGUGGCCUAUCAUUCAUAUCAAAAAUGGGAACAAACCAAGAAACAAUAUGAUAUGGAAGAUAAAGGUCGAUUUUUGAUCGAAGGAAAGAGAUUAAAUCUUCCCAUAACACCUGUAUUAGACAUUCCUCGAAUUAUGAUUAAACAUAAAUCCAUUGAAGGUGGAAUGGGAAUCAAUGUUUACAAUAAUUUUGCCAUAAAUGAUGGGGAUUGGAUUAUUCAAAAAGUAUUUGAAAAUAGCGAUUUUAUUCAACGUUUAGUAACAUCGGAUGCACCGUUAUCAACUGUUCGAAUUAUAACAUCACGCGAUGCUUCGAAAUCGUCAACAAUCAAAGUGAAAACGAUGGUUUUUCGUGCUGGACGCAUUCGGCAACAAACGGAUCAUAAUGCGAUCUUUUAUAAUAUCGAUUUUAAUUCAUCUCAUCGUCUGUCAAGUGGAACUACCAAUCGACAUUGGUAUCAAACAGGUUUAAAAUCGUUCGACACUACAAGUAUGUGGCAAGGACAGAAUUAUUCUGUUCAUCCUGAUUCUCAUGUGCAACUCGAAGGAAUAAAAUGGCCGAAUGUCAAAGAAAUGAUGGAAUGUGUUUGUCAAGCACACGAAAAGUUAUGUCCCGAUGUUCCGAUCAUUGGUUGGGACGUUGCGUGGACAAAUGAAGACAAUCGAUUGAUGUUAUUAGAAUUGAAUAUUUCAUGUAAUUUUUUUAAUGGACAUUUUGACACAAAAGAAUACACAAAUUUCUGCUACGAAUGGUUUCGUACACUCGAUCAAUGA